UAUCAUUCUGUGCGAAACGAGUGUUGUCUCGAGGUAUUUUCAUUUUACCUGUUGCUGUUCGUUCACGUAUUUGUUAAUUCGACAGGUUAUCUACCGAAGAAUGUCUGGAGCACGGCGAACAAUUAUCAGACGGGCACGAUGGACGAUAAGCUCCUGAACGAACAAAACUACAACGACAUGUACUAUUACCCUGGCGCCACUGAUCCGAACAAAAAGGACCCGCAGCAGCGUUUCACCUGCUCGCUCUGCGGCAGGGAGUACAGCUGGAUGUACAGCCUCCGACGGCAUCAGCUGCAGUGCGGCAACCAGGAGGCGAGGAACAAGUGCCAGUUUUGCUCGAGGAAGUUCUACAGACGCGACAGGCUCAAAGAGCACAUGUUGGCGCAUCAUCCAGAGUUGAUAUAGGGAACGAAUUAGCCAGCUUUAGUCGAGCGUCCACUCGAGAGUUUCACUCGACUAUUCUCGUGCGAAAGAGACGUUACUUUUUCUAGUAAUUCUACAGAGUAAAACGCUCGAGUGGUUACCAAUCGUAACGCCUAACCGUCCGUUCGCGAGACUGCGUAAAUUCGCUACCUUUUCUAAAUACCUUCUUACGUGUCAUCUUCCACGCACAAAUUUUUUAUUAUAGCAAUAGAUGUCUCGCAGAACGAGGUCGAUGACAAGCGAAUUGGACGGUUAAACGUAAAUUAUUCCUGUUGCGUGGAUCAUUUUAACGGACACAGUGCACAGAGAAACGUUCCGUGUUCGUUAUCAGAGGUGGGCAAAAUUCUUAUCGUUAAAAACACUUCGACUAACGAAUAGAGACUCCGGAUGCCUUACUCGUAAAAAUUAAUUUUACCUCCGAAUAAAAUUCUGCCCAUCUACGUUUUUUACUCACGGAUCGAAAUAUUGUUUACCACCGACGUCGAGCUUCGUUUUAUAUCUGCGCGUGUCGUUCCGGCAGACUUCACGACUCAAUCCAUCGAACUGUAUUUUUCCCGAAAUUCAUUUAUUUAAUAAAGUUAUCGUCACGUAAUUUCGUUGUACAUCACGCGACCUUCUUCACGUUUAAAUUAUUUUCACGAAUCCGCCUCUUCUAAUAUUUACACGCACCUGAACGCAACCGAAUCAGAUUUCUCGUUCGGUUCUUCUAAAGGACACUCUAAACUCCGUCAGCCACGAUUUGCCCUCGGUAACCGAUUUGAUUUGCGUUCCAGAUG